AUGAAUGACAGACGAAGGAUCAAUGGCCCUGAAGAGGGUACCAGGCCACCGGUAUAUGCCUCUCAUUUAAAAUCAGGAGGCGCCACAGACCGAGCCCAGCGCCAACGAGAAUCGACCGACCUCCGGAAAAUCUUCUUAAAGACAGGCCUUAUUCCAUCCGCCUCCGGAUCUUCAUAUCUUGAAUUCGCGCCCUCUUCAUCCCUCGCCAAUGCCCGCUCCAACCCCAAAUCUCUGAUCCCACCUUCAUCAGCUUUAAAACUUUCCUGCACAGUCCAUGGCCCAAAGCCAUUGCCCAGGUCUGCGGCCUUCUCCCCAAAUCUUGUCCUCACAACACAUGUCAAGUAUGCGCCUUUCGCCGCACGCAAGAGAAAGGGCCAUAUCCGUGAUGCAAGCGAGCGGGAUCUCGGCGUGCACUUGGAAACAGCUUUGCGAGGAGCCAUUAUCGCUGAGCGCUGGCCGAAGUCCGGUAUCGAUCUUACAAUCACGAUUCUAGAAGCUGAGGAUGAUCGCUGGUGGGCUGAUGCACCAGAUUUGCAUGAUGCCUCGUGGGGCAUGAUGAAUGUCCUUGCGGGCUGUAUCACUGCGGCUUCGGCGGCUAUUGCGGAUGCUCAUAUUGAUUGUUUAGAUCUUGUUUCGGGAGGUGUGUCUGCACUUGUGUCUGAUGAUUCUACUGAAGACUCGACGGCUGCUCCUAAGUUGAUGCUGGAUGCUGAUCCUGCUGAGCAUCGAUCUAUUAUGGCUGCUUGUGUGGUUGCUUAUAUGCCCGCGCGGGAUGAGAUUACUGAACUUUGGUUGAAGGGGGAAAGCUCGAAGAUCGCACUUGAAAAGGGAGAUCAGAGAUCUGCUCAUGAAGCCUUGAUAGAUGGGGCUGUGGAUGCUGCGAGGGGUGCUCAUAGUGUCUUGUCUGAAGCUGUUAGGGAAACUAUGUUACGGGCAGUUACUACAUUGUGA